UGAAAUAUUCAUACCUGAGGCGGUUUUUAAUUGAAACUUUCACUUGAACUUAAAGCACAAUGAAAGCCACACACUCUGGUCCGAGGAGUUUCCUGUGAGUGCGCACAGAGAAUCCGAGCAGUACAGUACAUAGGAAAUGACUCAUAGGAGUUGAACUGUUAGCGUGGGUGUGUGCGCUAUUAAAACAAGGCGCAGACUCCUCCGGGUGACUCACUCUGAUGCUCGCUUUUCCAUGCUCAAACCUUGCACAGCACGGAUUGUUAAUCAGAUGAACUUUCGGGAAUCGUGUUGCCGACAGCGAACAGCUUUUCUCCCGCAGACAUGAUGUCUUCAAACACUCUCUGCGCGCUCUGUGGACUUAUUAUAGCGGCUGUGACCAAUUUCUACGGUGUAAGCGCACAGAAAAGUUCAUGUGGAAGUUCAGAGUUUUGGAACUCAGAUUUGGACGUCUGUGUGUCGUGUUCAUCAUGCAAACAGUACCCAAAGACACCGUCAUGUAACACAUGUAAAUCUGUGGAGGAGACAUCUGACGUGUGGAAACUGGCAGCCAUCACAAGUUUCUCAGUGCUGGCAGUUGUCUUGGUCGGUGCCGCGUUGAUAAUCGGGGUCAUGGUGCAUCGACGCAAGUCACACAAACGACCUCUACGUGAACCUAUUGAGGAAACAGCGGGGCCACUCUAUCAUGCUUAAACAAUUCACCUCAUCUUCCUCUGAAAACAGAUGUGACAGAAGCAAGGAGCGACUGAUUCAGAGCUGGACGGAGCAACCUCUGAACCAUGAACUGUGUACUCUGACUGCAGGGUCUCCUCUUCAGAACCGGACCAUUUUUAUUUAUUAGAAGAGACGUGCUCGGGGUCUUCCUGCUGGAAUUACAACGAGCAACUCACACCUCUCUAGGAGUAGUUACAACAUCAUAUUAGUGGUAUCAUUCUCAGAUUAAAUGUGCCUUUAUACUCCACUUAAAGGAGAUUUUUUGAUGCAGAAAACCUCUUCAGGGGUUACAUAUGGUUGAUUUAGAAACAAGAUAAAACUAGUCUUUCUUCAGAGAGAUGGAUACUUGCCAAGUCCUCCAUUGUGCUGUUGUGCAGCAGGACUCCGGUGAAUGUAACACAGCUACUGCUGCCUGCUGGGCUGCAUUUUGAUCUCCUGCUAUUCAGCGGGGUUAGAUGGGGUCUUUCUGCCGGUCAGUUACAAAAACAGCCUCUGUAAGAUCAAUCACAUGUGAGUUAGACAUACUGUUAGGCACAUUAAGGCAAUUUGAAUGUAGCUACCUUCACAGACAUGUAUUCUAGCCCUAUGCCCUGCCAGUACCUCAGUGUACCUGUUGUUUUAGUAGCCUGAUACAGUGAUAAAGCUGGUGAUUAACUGUACUCAUCCACUGUUGCUGCCUCCUUGGACCAACUCUUACCCUAGCCUUACAUCGUUGUCUUGUCCUUUUAUAAUGUUUCAAUGCUUUCAGAGAUGCAAGCAUGAUUUCUUUCUCUUAAAAAAAUCCCAGAAAUCAUACAUUUUCUGUCCAGAGAGCUCAUAGGACAGGAUGUUUGAAACACUAGACACGUUCUCAAACUGCUAACAUGUGGGAAUGCUGCGAGGAAUGUACUGUAGUGAAGGAAAUGACACCUACAGAGUUUUGGGUGGAGCCACACAAUCACAAUGCUUACUGACUCUCAGCAUGCAACAGGGCAAAAAGAUAAAUGUUUGUAUGUAUUUUAUUUUGUAGCCAUAAAAAACAGAGAGAAGCAGGGGAUAGUGGUAUUUUUUCACUUCGUUAUAUAACUCAUGCUGUUUGUUAUCUUUAAAACAUGUAGCAGUGUGUGGUUACUCAUAUAUUGUGUGUGACUGAAUGUUUCAGGUCAUAUUUUUAGAUCUGUAUGCCUGUGGGUUAAUUGUCCCCCUCAGGCAGCAAAAAUCACUUCAAAUCCUUUUUUUUCUGUAGUUGUGAAUAUUAUUUAUUUUUUGAGGUAUCUUGCAGAGAUGUGUCGCAUCAUCUGCAAGUGACAAGCACACUUUUUUAAGGGACUCCAGUGAAGAUUUGUGUUAAACUUCCACCAGGCCAGCCAAAUGUUACUGAGCAAUAACUAACAUUUUCUGCUUCUUCUCUUGCUUCCUAUUACUAAUUGUAAAUACUGUACAUGCACUGGCUUCUUUUUCUUACUGCAAUUCCAAUACUUUCUUUAUGUACCAAAUGUAUUUUCACAAUAAAACUGACAACUUCCAAUGAU